CGCAAGGUCGCCAACAUACCUAUGAAACGCAAAAAUUAGAUUGAACCAUGGUGUUUGUUUAUUUACCUUACAGCGGGAAUGUCUCACUGCAUAGCACUCAUUAGCGCUUAAAAAUAAUAUAGACCUGAAUAAUUAAUAGUGUCGAGUAAUGCAAUGAUAAACAAGAAAUAGGAAAUUAUUCAUGUGUUUGUGCAACAUCCGAAAACACGAUCGUCGGCGGUGACGUUUAUUUGAAACAUUUAAAACAAUAUCAAGCAGUGGUGUUGCAGUGAAAAUGAAGUCUCUCUUUGCUUUAAUUUUCCGAAAAUAAGAAAAAGCUGCAACCGCAGUUGAUGUUGACUGACGACAGUGGUUGAUAUUGGCCAAAGAGAUGAAUGAAUAUUCACAAACUACAAACGUGAGCAGCCCUUCAGAAUACAGUGGAUGUGCAAAAGUUACUGGAUGUUAUUCAGAAGAGUUUUCAAGAACUUCAUCUGAUAAUGGCAGAAGAAACCCAUUCCAUAUCAAUUAUUUGGACAAAUUGAGGUACCCAGUUUGCAGUCCUUCUCUUUUCAAAAGCAUUGAAAAAGCAAUAUCUAUUCCCUGUCAAGAAACCGAAAUAUUAACAUCGUGUGAUAUCGAUGAAAGUGAUAUAUUUCAUGAUGAAACAUUGGACUCUGAAACAGAAAAAGCAGCACAAGAAACAAUUUCAAAAUUCUUUGAAGAUGCCUCUAAAGAUCUAUUUGUUACACCUGACAAAGUGACAAAUUCGUUUCUAAUAGCUACAGGAGAGAUGAGGGCAGAUGAGGACAUUUCUUUGAGUUAUAUCUGUGACCCAUCAACUCUUCAACAUGACAUUCAUCUUAGCACUACUUGGACACAAACAAACAUUACAUUCCCAUCAAGUCUGCCUGAAGAAGUCGAAGAAGCUUUAACUUUAUACAAAAAACAAGUUGAAACUGAGCUGAAAUUAGCUAAAUGCAGAGUGUGUGAUACUGUGUGUGGAAAGCAUUCACAAGGUACCCAGACUGAUGACUGGGAAAUGAAUGCUGAAAGUUUUAGAAAAGUUACAAGGUGCUCCCAGACAAUAUUGAGCUUCCCAAAAACAUUAACAGAAGAAUUAGAAGCUCUGUUGUCUUCAUAUGAAACAUUCUUUGAGGAAGUCUACACUGAUAUACGGAUGUCAAUGCUGAAACGUCAGUUGUUCAGUGAACAUUAUGUUUCAUCUCCACAGUUCCACAGCAGCAGCCCACUUUCUGUGUUAGAUGAUGGUAGUCCUUUGCAGAGUAAGUCAUCAGUUACACCUCAGUGUGCUUCUGUGAGCUUAAGACAUUAUGGAUCCCCAAUGAUGGGUGACAUUUUAUCACCCACUGGUAUAUCCCCCAUUGUGAAACCUUCAAAUACAAAUAGAUUUCUAUCGAAACUUGAUUUUGUCUCCUCUAAUUUUGAAACACCACAUUCCAUGUCUCCUUCAGCAUUCUUGCGAGUGAGAGGUGCUAUUUUUCCAUCUCUAGAAGAUGUCAGCUGUCAAAGGAACUAAAUAUACUACUUAUGAUAUAUGUGUUGCCUAAAUUGUUGAUCGAACAGUUUUUUAUUCAUUUAUUAUAGUAUAUCUUUUAAUCAUUUUAUGUGAUUUUUGAAGUAUUAAUGAUGAUACUAUUUUAAAGUGUACACUAUUUCUCCAAUUGAAAUCUAUUGUAUUAUUUAGUAAUCUGGGAGAAAGUGUAAAUUUAAAACAGGUGGCCUAGUUUUCUUUUAUAAAGCAAUUUAUAAAAGCUUAGCAUUUCUGUGACUAAAAUCAUAAUGUUAAGAAAUUUUAGAUUUACAUUUGACUUCAACUUCAGUGGAAGUUUUUAUAGUAUUGGUAAAUAACAAUUUCUGUUUAUUGUUUAUUUGGUAAAUCCGUAAUUGAAAAGAUUUGUAAUGAGUUCCAUGGAGCCAAUAUAAAUUAAAGUAAUUAUGAUAGAACUGAUAAAUUUGUCUUUUAGUAUAAACAAACAGCAGAACUAUUUGCCUGAGUUGUUCUCCACCUCUCCUCUUCUGACUCUUACUGUUCUGCCUCCUCCUGCUUCUUCUUCUUCUUCUUCUUCUUCUUCUUCACUUCCCAAUUUUUCCUGUCUACUUCAACUUUUCCUCACUUGCAUAUUGUAUGUGAAAAAUUUAGGUGGCAGUCUUUAUUUGCUCAUUCUGCUAAUGCUUUCAUUCAGUUUUGUUCUGUUGCUGUCAAUUUUUUCCCUAUGUCACUGUUCUGAGAAAUAAUCAUCUUGUGGUGUUGCAGUUCUUCUUAUGUCCUUGCUUGCUAUGAAAAUAUGACGAGGAAUUCCGCCUUAUGCAAGACAUCUUUUCAUUUUUAUUUUACCCAGACAUGUUUCAAUACUAUUUGUGCUGUCUUCAGUGGGUUAUUUUAUUUUCUUACUUACUUGAAGUUAUUGAGUAUUUAUGGUGAUAGCUAGUCUGCUACACGAUCUACAACUUCUCAAGGCUUUGAUGUUGUAGUGUUUUCUCAUAUGCUUUGGCGAGGUGAAUACGCUGAUUUCUGUAACUUAUAGUAAUUUGACAAUGCACUUUCUAUGAAUUUUCAAACAUGGGCUGAGUUUUUGCUGCCAUUUGUUACAACAACACGUAAUGACGGCAAAAACUCUUCCCAUGUUUGAAAAUUCAUAGGAAGUGCAUUGUCAAAUGACCAUAAGUCACAGAAUCAGCACAUUCACCUCGCUAAAACAUAGAAAACACUACAACAUCAAAGCCAUGACAACUUGUAGAUUGUGUAGCAGACUGGCCGCCAAUAUAAACACCCAAUAGCUUCAUGUAAGUGAGAAAAUAAAUUAACCCACUUAAGAUCACACAAAUAGUGCUGGAACAUAUCUGGGUAAAACGAAAAUGAAAAGUGUCUUGCAUAAGGAGGAAUUCCUCGUCGUAUGUUCUGAGAAAUUUCAUUCUUACUGCCUUAAUUCUGUUCUCUAGCUUUUUAUACACAACAUGUGCUUCACUUCCACAAAAUAAUGGAGGAACAGUUAUGGCAUAAAAAAUUUCAGUCAUGUCUCAUGUUAUGUUUUUCAGUCUCAUAUUUAUUGUCCCACAUAUAUUUGUAAGUUUUGCUUGUUUCUUCUCUGUAUCCAUAUCAUAAUCAUAUUUUAUACCAGAAAGUAGAUAAUAAGAUGUUUAUUUUUUUCUAAUAUGUCAUUAUUAACAACAAUUUCUGUUUUUGUGGAGUAAUUUUCUUUAAAAGUCUUAUUUUUACUUUUGUAUCAAGAGGAAAAUUCUUUCAACAGAACUAUAAAACUUUGAGAUAGAAUUGGUGCCCAGUAUCGCUCACCCAUUUCUGGACGUGAAAUGUCAGUGCUUGCUUAUAGACUCAUAUCUACAUCUAUAUAUAAAAGUACUUACAUUAUCCUAGGCCUUAGAACUUGUAGCACCUUCCUCAGGGAGGAGAGGUAGAUAGACUGAGGAACACACAACAGUGUAAUUGUCCACUAUCAUUGAUUGUGUUGAUUUUCAUUUGCAGUCAGUGCGACUGAUAAGAUGUCAAGUUUUUCUCCUUUCUCAUACAACUCAAGAGACACUAAUAAUUCUAAAGGUUCUAAUUUUUUUUCUGUGGAGUGGAAGGGUGGGAUCUUAAUUUAUCGUUGGACAUCCAGAGUAAUACAUAGACUGCACAUUGUAUGACUUCUGAUUGCGUUCUGCAGAAUGAUACGUGUGAUGCACUCAGUCUCUGAUCCCUCAGUCAGAGGAGUAGGAAUCAUAUUUUAAUGAUGCCUCCACUGAUGUACUUAUUUCUUCCAAUUUUCUUUUAAAACAUGAAAGACAAUAUUUUCCAUUACUGUAAGAUGUUUGGAGUUAGGAAAGUUAUUUCAUGUAUAAUGCCUUGUUCAUCACAGAUUCUUCUAGAAUAUUAUUCUAGAGGGGAUGGCUGACAGUAGAACAGGCAAACAAUCUGCUCAUUAACUGCAUUGGAAAUGGCACACAGUAUGAACAGUGUCACCCUUUCCUUUUCCAUGAAGACCUAGAUGAAUGUCUGGUGUGCAGAACAUACCUCAAGCCAUGUGUUGUUCAUGCAGUGAACUACAACUGCUGUUACUAUAAUAAGCUAACAGUAACUGAUACAUCAGACUACUAGUACACUGUGUUGUGUCAUGACUAGGUCAUGACACAGCAUGUUUAUAAGAGGUAUAGGAAGUUGAUUGCACAAGACAGCAGCAACCAGUUUCCUUAGACCUCAUAGUAAAUAAAUAGUGAAAUGUCAAGCUACUGUAUAUAGCUGAAAUGAAGUGUUUGUAAUAAGACUGAAAGUUUAUUGUUAAGCAAACUGCAUAAACACUGUUCACUGGUGUCCAUUAUGAGCCUGAACUAAAUGUGCAUAAAUAGUAUUCAAGUCCAUUAACUGUAUUGUGAGCUCUCUUACAUUAUAGAUAACACUAACAUUUUUAAGUUAUGAUCAUUGAUGCCCCAAAUAAACCAUUUUUCAGAUAAUGAGCAG